CUCUCAUUCUACUGCGAUUAGGCGAAGAGAGCAGACGCGAUUUUUUUGUGCGGAACAAUUUCGUAUCGUGCGGCAACAUUUAAGUUGUGUUACCGUUGUGGCUAUUUUUUUUUACUGUUGUUGUGGUGGUGCUUGUGAUUCCAAUUGCAUUUAUUAGUUAGCGUGUACGCGACUGGCAGCAAAUGAUGUGUUAAUCUUAUCACAAGCAAGCAUGAGUCGGAGCACAAUUUAUUGCCAAGUGUCGUAGCCAUUGAGACCGCAGUGUGGCCUUAGCAUUGCAACCGCGAAGCGAAGCAAAUAACAACAAAACACAGUACCAAAGUAGUGAGCCAACAAAUAAUAAUUAAUAAAUAAAUAAAUACAAGGAAUACAUAAUUCACAAUAAUGCCAGCAAAGACAGUAACACGACAACAGAGCCAAACACCCGCUCAGCAGCUGCAACAGCAGCAGCAGCGGGACGUUGAAAAUGGCCUUUACCCCACAAUACCGCCAGAGCAGCGUUCGCCAACGUCGCGUCCAAUGCGACCAAUGCGCCAAGACACCGUGGACAUGGAGGAGAUACCGUUGAACCAGACAAAUUCCAUGCAGGAGCCCGAGGAUCGUCGCAAGAUGCGCGAAAUAUUCGAUAAUCACGACUCAGACAGAGACGGACUGAUUAGUGUCCACGAGCUGAAGAGUCUCAUAUCGGAUGGCUACUGUCGCGACAUUCCGCCGCACAUCGCGGAGCAGAUAUUGCGACGCAGCGACGUGGACAAUAAUGGGCAUCUGGACUUUGAGGAGUUCUAUGUGAUGUCGCUGCGCCACAAAUGGAUGAUACGCAACCUCUUGACGCGCUACUGUCGCUACAUUGUGCCCCCACCGAAGCCCCUCGAGGGCGAUGAGCCCGACGGUGCGUACGAGAAACAAAUGUCCAUCUGCCCGCCCCCUCUAACUAUGGUCAUCUUUUCGAUUGUGGAGAUUAUCAUGUUUCUCGUGGAUGUCAUUUACUUUCAAGAUGAUCCGAAUCAUAAUCAACGCUUGGGCGAAAGCACCAAUGGUCCAGCAGCGACCCUUUGCAUUUACAAUCCCUACAAGCGUUACGAGUCAUGGCGUUUCCUCAGCUACAUGUUUGUUCACGUCGGCAUCAUGCAUCUGAUGAUGAACCUGAUCAUUCAGAUCUUUCUGGGCAUCGCCCUCGAGCUGGUGCAUCAUUGGUGGCGUGUGGCUCUCGUCUAUUUGGCUGGUGUGUUGGCCGGUUCCAUGGGCACCUCGCUGACCAGUCCGCGCAUCUUUCUCGCCGGCGCCUCUGGCGGUGUCUACGCUUUGAUCACUGCCCACAUUGCCACCAUCAUCAUGAACUACAAGGAAAUGGAGUAUGCGAUUGUGCAGCUGCUGGCUUUCCUCAUUUUCUGCUUCACCGAUCUGGGCACAUCGGUGUAUCGCCAUCUUACCGAUCAGCACGAUCAGAUCGGUUAUGUGGCGCAUUUGUCGGGCGCCGUUGCUGGCCUCCUUGUGGGCAUCGGAGUGCUGCGCAAUUUGGAGGUGCGUCGCUGGGAGCGCAUACUCUGGUGGGUAGCGGUCAUCUUCUACUUUGCCCUCAUGACCACCGGCAUCAUCAUCCACAUCUUUGUGCCCGACUAUUUCCCCAAGCCUGAGUACAACUGAAGCGGACCAAACCAACCACCAACAUAAUCUACUUUAAGAUCCCUCUCCAUUAGCCUCAGGUUUUUCCUCUGCCUUUCCCUGCCCCUGCGUUUUCUACGUGUCCAAAGUGCACUUGAUCUAGGCCAUCAUUAAUUAGGUACUGCGAGUACGUGUAGAGUAGUUUUUGAUAGUUGUAACAAAAACAAAACAAGCAAUCGAUUGUAGACACAUUCCUGUGCUAUAUUUUUAUAUAAUCGUAAUUUAUUAUAUACGUAAAUAUCUUUUAUCCGGACUUGUGACUUGUGCAGCCGGCAAGCAGCAUGUUGAUGUUACAACUUGUAUAUAUAGAAGAUUUGACAAGUGUCCUUUAUGCACACUAAUCUGUAUUAUUCAUCCUUUCUACUUAUUUAUUUUUGUACACACACUUUGUAUGCAUAUUUAUGAUAUAUUUAUAUCUAUAUACUAUAUAUACAUAAUACGAAAGGCAGCAAACUUAGCCAGCAACACAAACACGCACACAAAUUACGAAAGACGUUGUGAAUAUAUUUUUUAUAGUAAUUAUUUGAAAAUAGGAUUGUCGGAUACAACAAUGUUCACUUCGAUACAGU